UGACGUCAUACAUGGCGAGAUGUCGACAGAGGAAGACGACGAAAAUAUGGCGGAGGCAGUUGUAGAAAACCGACUCAAUACAAGGUUCUUUUGCCACGAAUGCAAUAGAUUUAUCUCACCAAACCUUCCGGAGUACACAUGUCCACAAUGCCAGGGUGGAUUUGUAGAACAGCUCAAUGGUGAUGAAAGUGAAGAUGAUAACAGCAUUAGUGUAGACUCUGAAAGCCCAGAUCCAGCAUCAGAAUUCACAGAGUUAUGGGGUAGAAUGUUUUUAGGUCCAAGUACAUCAGAUGGUGUUGAAAGUAGGCGUCUUUACAGAUUUCGUCCAGUGGCCAGACAGCGAAUAUCAAUCAGGCCACGGAUGGGUGGAGAAGGAGGAGCAGGGGCUUCUAACAAUGCUACAGCAGAGGCAGCAGCUAUUGAUUUAAUAAUACAGAAUUUACUGGGAAUACCUGGCAUGGUUGGAAGAGAAGAUGGUCCAAGCACCAGUCAGAAUAUUCCUUUCCCACUAAGAAUGUUACAACUUCACGGUAACCCAGGUGACUAUGUAUGGGGAAACAAUGGCUUAGAUUCAAUAAUCACACAGUUACUUAACCAGUUAGAAGGGACUGGUCCGCCUCCAGCUGAAAAUGACAAAAUAGAAUCAUUACCGACCGUCAAAGUAACACAUCAUGAUGUAGAAGCGAAAGUYGAUUGUGCUGUAUGUCAAGAACCAUUAACAUUAGAUGAAGAAGUCAAGGCGUUACCUUGUAGACACUUGUAUCAUAAAGAUUGUAUAGUACCCUGGUUACAAAUGCAUGAUUCCUGUCCAAUAUGCCGAUUGAGUUUGUCCAAAAAYCCAACAAGAUGUAAAGAAGGAGAUUAGGACCAAGAAAUGAUAAAAUUAGCUGUUUUAUAUAAUGUGUUGUUCCUUUAAUAAUGACUAUUAGGUUUAUUUAAAGCCAAUAAACUAUAGAACUAGACAAAUUGCA